AUGAGCGAAUCCGGCGCCAAAUCCAGCCAGCCCCUGGCUUCCAAGGGGGAGAAGGAUGUGGCGGAGAAGAGGGGCCGGGGGCGGCCCAGGAAGAAGCCGCAGGAGCCCAGCGAGGCCCCGACCCCCAAGAGACCCCGCGGACGGCCGAAGGGCAGUAAAAACAAGGCCACCCCGAAAGGCAGGCAGCAGGACGAGGAGGAGGUGAACAUUUCCCAGGAGUCAUCCGAGGAGGAGCAGUGA